AUAUGAAAAUUACAAGAGGAUAAGGUAAAAUCUAAUUUGUGUUCAUAGUAGAACUCGCCCACAUCCUCAAACAACCAAACCUGAAAUGCAAAGAUUCCUACGAAAUGGAAUCUGGAAAACUUGAGAUGUUCCAAGUUGGACCAUGCAAAGAUUCCUACGAAAUGGGUCUCUUAAUAGGCCAAAGAUUCUCCCAACGAAUCAAAAACAGAAUUGCUGCAGAUACAAUACUUCAAAACCAGCUUCGACCUUUUGCUCAAUCUCCUCAAUCAGAAUCACUUCUAAAAUCACUUUUUCAUAAUAAUCAAACCAAAUUCCCUAUGUAUUGGGAUGAACUUUUGGGAACUUCAGCAGGAAGUGGUGUCCCUCUCCUUGAUAUUUUACUUAUUAACUUCAAGAAGGAGAUUCUACCAUUUGUUCCAAAAGAAGAAGUGAAAAAUUUAGAAGAUGAUUCUUCAAAUGAAUGUUCUGAUGUUCUUGUUGUUGGCGAAUCUAUGGCCAUUGCAGCACACAAUGAAGAUGCAAAUGUUAACCUUGUUGGUCACACUUACAUAAUCAAAGGAAUAUUGCCAGAUGGAAUUUUCUUUGUUGGUUAUACAUAUGCUGGAGAGCUUCCAAGUUCUGCAUUUGCUUUUAAUAGCAAUGGAUUGGUGUUCACUCUGAAUGCAGUACCACCUGCUGAAGAUGAAAUUGUAGCCGGUGGAAUUGGGCGCAAUUUCGUUUCUCGACACAUUCUUGAAGCUCAAGGCAUCGACGAUGCUAUUAAUAGGAUUCGCUCAUCAGAAGUUUCGGCGGGACACUCGUAUAACCUGAUUGAGUUGAGUACUCGUAGGAUUGUUAACGUUGAAACUGCGUCCAAGAAGCGAAUUUCAAUUCACGAGGUCGGGGAAACACCUUUCUUCCAUGCAAACAUGUAUCGUCACUUACAUAUUAAUCAGGCGCAAGAUGAGAGUUCGAUUAGCAGGCUGAAAAGGGCAAAUGUGAUGACAAAAACAACAAAAGACGAUUUUCUGUCAAUUCUAGGAGAUGCAGAUAACACAAAAUAUCCCAUCUACAUGACAGGUCCAUUGCUUCACACGCUAUGUACUGCUGUUAUCGAUCUAGAUGAACAAACUCUGUCAAUAAUUGAAGGAAAUCCGAAAAAAGGAGAUGCUUCACUUGUUUUCAGUCUCUCUUCAAUGAGUUUGAUCAAUGGCAAUCUUGAUAAUCACUUAUAGAAAAUUAAUAUGGUUAGAUGUUUCAAAUUUUGAUUAAAUGAAAGGAGUCAUUAGCUUUCUGUUGAUUCAUUAUGUAGUUUAACUACUAUGGUCAUUUAGUCACUACCAUUAUACACUAGCCAGGAACUGUUUAUGUUACAUUUUUUUUAUUACCAAAGUGAGUGAGGAGAAUUUGAAUUAUUUAACUUUUGAUGUUUCCUUAAUGCUGCAUAAUUUUUUCUAUAAGGUUGUAACUCGACCAAAACUGCAUCACCCACCUCAAGCUGUAUAUCUCUUCUAUGCUUGUAUGACGGGCAAUGUUAUAUCAAAAUUCCGUGCAAUCAAGGGGUAUUGAACCAUGUCUUAGGAUUAGCAAAAGUGAGGUAUCUCAGAUAAAUUUCCACACAUUUGUUAAGGGUCUCUAAUUGGCCGUCUGUUUGAGGAUGAUAUGCGGAGGACAUGGUAUGAAGAGUCUCUAAUGUAGUACCCUGAAAUUGGUAUCUUGCCAAAACUAUUAAACGCGGUAUCUCUGUCAAGAGAAAAUAGAUUUAGGAACACCAUGUAGAUCAACCACUGUUUUCAUAAACAUCUCAGCCACAGUUCUACUAUUAUAAUAAGUUUUCAAACAAAAAUGGAUAUACUUAGUCAAUUUAUCAAUCUAUCAAUCAUCACCAUGAUGAGAGUAUAUCCAUGAGAGGAGGAGGCAUAUCUGUAAUGAAGUCCAUAGCCACAUCUUCUUAACAUGCUUAGAAAUUGGCAAUGGUUUAAGUACCUGCAGGAGCUUUAGUAUCAUGCUUGGCUUGUCGACACGCGAAGCAAUCUAAAAUAGAGCUUUGUAAUAUCCUGCUUCGUCUUGCACCAAAAUAAUUGAUUUGAAAUUCUAGCUAGUGUUCUUGCAAUUCCUGCAUGAUCCCCAAUUGAAGAAGUAUGGAAUUCUUGUAAUAUUUGUUCUUUCAACAGAUGGUUAUUAAGAAUUACAAUUAUGUUCCUCCAAUACAGCAAUCCUUUUUUCUUGAAAUUUUCCUUCAUGGCCAUUGGCUGACUUAUCUACUAAUUGUAGUAGUUGUGUGUCCUGUAAGAAGACAACUCUAGGCUCAGACCAAGUCAUUAACAUGACCCUAGAGAGAACAUCAACAUUUUCUUUUCCUGGUUGCUUGUAAUAAUCCACAAUGAAAUCAUAGCCAAUGAACUUAUUUAACUAAGCUUAUAGAAGCUAUACAUCUAAAAAUUUAACUAAGUUUAUAGAAGCGAUACAUCUAAAAAGGAAUUUGAA